CAUAUAAAACAGUCAAUUACAAAAGAAAAAAAAUCCCAAAGAAAAACGUAUUGUUGUUGGAAAAUGGCAGCCAAAAUCCACAUUUCUUCUAAAAUCUCUUAUUCCUUUGUUCACAAGACUAAUGAUUCCACAACCUCAUCAUCUUCCUCAUAUUCACCAUUGCUUGCUUUGCCUCAAUUCUUCUGUACGUCAUCUCUUUCAGGGUUUAAACGAUUCAAGAUUCACGCCAAAUUAGGUGGAGGAGAUGGAGAAGUGAAGCCUAAAGAAAAGAAGAAAUUCAUAACCAAAGAAGAAGAACCAGAACAGUAUUGGCAGAGCGCUGGAGAAAGAGAAGGGGAGAAUCCGAUGAAGACUCCUCUCCCUUACAUUAUUAUCUUUGGCAUGUCAACUCCAUUCGUCAUCUUAGCCGUAGCUUUCGCCAAUGGCUGGAUCAAAGUUCCCAUUCGCUGAGCGUUUUGUUUUUGUUUUGGGCUUCUUCUUCCCUUGUUUCAGACUUUUAAGUACAUGAAAUGAGUCUUGGAACAUCUUUUUCUUCGGCUGUAAAAGAAAGAAAGAAAAUCUAUACUAUUAUAUUAUGUGGUGCUCUA